AUGUCGACUUCAUACUACGAGCCACAGGGCUGGCAAGCUCCUGCUCGUCAAGCCUCGUGGGAGCAGCCCGUCCCUCCGUCUCGCUCAGGAACCAGCUCGGUCUCUCAACGAGAUGAUUCAUCCGCAUUUUCUUCGCAGUUCGACGAGGUAGACCGCGCAAUUGACAAUCUGGUUAAAAGUGGAAAACUCUUCAACGGUCCCCGAAGAGAAUCGAUGCCGAUGAUGAUGAUGGGACGCCACUUUCCAGAAUAUGAUCCCCGUAUGGCCGCAGGAAGCAUGCCACCCCAGCGACACCACUCGGUGAGCGAUUUCGAGCAGACUCGCGGACACCCAGGAUCUGCGCUCCAGGGAUUCUAUGCUUCUCAGCGCUUCCAGGGUCGUCAGUCGGAGACAGAGCAGAUGCUACAGGCGAAACGCCGAAUGGCCGCACAGCGUGAGCGGGAGCUCCGUAACUAUCACCAGGAGCAACAGUACAACCGAAGCCUUCUUGCCGAGAUGUCCGGAAACAAAUCCGACCGCUCUCUGAGUCCCGCUGCAAUGAGCGAGGAAAGUCGCCGCGAAUUGAUUGCACGCCAACAUCGCGCUCUGUAUGGAAAUGAAAGUCCGGCAUUCUUCGCACCUGGGUCCCUGGGUGAGGAUGCCCACAGCUCUCGCGCCGACAACACGAACAGCGGCACUCCAACAUCCGUCAGUGGUGGUGUCCGUGGCCCGUCUCCUCGAGCCGUUGAUCCAUUUGGUAUGGGCCAGUCACAGCCCGAGGGACCAAACCCUGCAACAGGUCGCCAGUCUCCUCGUGCUAAUAGCACUACAUCCCCCAACACCGGCGCCAACUCGUAUGGUCUGUAUGAGAACGUCAAUGUCGAGCAGCCAAAUACCUCGAACUCUUCUCCUGGAGGUGCAGAUUCGCCGUCAUCACGACAGCUGUCUUCCAAGUCAGCCGGUCAUUUGGGUUCUGUUGGACCGAUCGGCUCUCGUCCAUCUCAGCCAGCAACCAGCCAGGCUCAAAACCCUGCUUUGAACAAACGAUCCACCACACCUCUGCCUUCGCCUCUAGGCUUUGGCUUUGCGCCAAAUGAGAGCGCUAACACCGCAAACGAGCGAUCGAACUCUUCCGCAUCUAACCCUACAAACUCGGGACAUGGUACAAAAGAGAGUGCCUUCUCGUCUGGAUGGGGUGGCAACAGUGGUGUCUGGGGCAAGAACCUCGGAGUGCAAGCCUCCGUUUGGGGCUAA